CGAGGACAGGUAUGUUCAUUUACCACUAGUAGAGUGUCAGAUUGCCCAUAUUUAUAUGGCACCACCACCACUCACAUGCUCAAGGUGAGGAGAGUCUCAUUGGCAAAGGCCACAAGUAUUGUGACUCUUCUAUCGGGUGAGGUUGGGCAGUUCUAUCUGUGAGCAAUGGCUGAGGAUGGAAGAGAAAAGAAGAGGAAGCAGGGUGGUUUCAGGACCAUGCCAUUUAUACUAGCAAAUGAAGUCUGCGACAGAUUUGCCACCACGGGAUUCAAUGCAAACAAGAUCACAUACUUAACGCAGCAGCUUCACAUGCCUCUGGUUCAGGCCACAAACACUCUCACAAACUUCGGGGGCACGUCAAGCCUGACACCUAUCAUCGGCGCCAUGAUCGCCGACUCCUUUGCCGGUCGCUUCUGGACCAUAACAGUAGGCACCAUCAUCUAUCAGGUUGGAAUGAUGGUGCUCACCAUAUCGGCCAUCCUCCCGGCGCUCCGGCCGCCACCCUGUUCCCCUCCUCAACAAACAUGCGAACGAGCGUCGUCAUGGCAGCUCGCAAUUCUCUACCUGUCACUCCUCUGCACAUCCAUUGGCUCCGGCGGCAUCCGUCCCUGUGUCGUGGCCUUCGGGGCCGACCAGUUCAACUUCGAUGGGAAUGCCGGCCAGAAGGGGAACUUCUUCAACCUUUACUUCUUCACCAUGGGGAUUCCUGUACUCUUGGCCUUGACUGUGGUGGUGUACGUCCAGGAUAAUGUGAGCUGGGGCUGGGGCUUUGGCAUUCCCACCAUUGCCAUGAGCCUCUCUGUAGUGGCUUUUGUGAUAGGUUAUCCUCUCUACUUUAAGAUGAAGCCUGGGGGGAGUCCAUUGACCAGGUUGACCCAAGUCCUGGUAGCUGCCUUCAGGAAGAGGAAGUUGGUAAAACCUGAGGACCCUAGUGCCCUCUACGAGGAUAAGGGGCUGGAUGCCGACAUCUGUAUCACCGGGAGACUACUUCACACCGACCAGCUUGUGUUUUUGGAUCGAGCAGCAGUCGCGAUGGAGGGCGACUUCGGAGAGUCUGGCCAACCGAGGCUCUGGAGGUUAUCGACGGUCCACCGUGUGGAGGAGCUCAAGUCCAUCAUCCGAAUGAUCCCCAUUUGGUCCGUGGGCAUCUUGCUGGUGACUGCAGCCUCCCACAACUACACCUUUACACUCCUACAAGCACGUUCCAUGGACCGCCACCUUACCCCCAAGUUUCAAAUCCCCCCAGCAACCCUCUCCAUCUUCACGGUCGUCACCAUGCUCCUCAGCUUAGCCUUCUAUGACCGGGUCUUCGUCCCGGUGGCUCGUAGGUUCACCGGAAACCCUUCCGGCAUCACAUACCUUCAGCGCAUGGGCAUUGGCUUGGCCAUCUCCCAAUUUGCCAAUGUUUCUGCAGCUCUCGUCGAAACCAAGCGGAAGGCGGCCGCAGCGAAGCACGGGCUGCUGGAUUCGCCGACGGCGACCGUUCCGUUCAGUGUCUUCUGGUUGGUGCCUCAGUAUGCGAUACACGGACUAGCUGAUGCCUUCUCGUCUGUGGGACACAUGGAGUUUCUCUACGAUCAGGCCCCGGAGAGCAUGAGAAGCACGGCAGCCGCUCUGUUCUGGCUGGCAGGAUCCAUUGGGAACUACAUGGGGACCGUGCUGGUGAUUCUGGUUAAUGACUUUACUAAGGGCGAAUGGCUUCAGGACAACAUCAAUAGGGGGAAGUUGGAUUACUAUUACUGGCUUGUGACCGGACUGCAGGUCAUCAACCUUGGGUACUACAUCAUUUGUGCAAUGUUUUAUACCUCUAAGCCAUUGGAAGUAGCCAAACCUGCUGCUGAGAACACUCCGAAAGUUGUGGACGAGGAAGUUGGUGCCGGAGAAGUGGAGUUCAGCAAAGUGGAAACUUAGGUAUUGUAAUGAUGAUGGAGGCACUUUAGCAUAGGUAUAGAUAUUGUUAUCCACUCUAGGUGAGACCCCUGUAAUUUUUAAGUCUAGUAGCUACGUUUUGCCAACUUAGUAAUAAGCAAGUUGGAGGAUUAUGUAUCGUAUAUAAAGUAUAUUAGGCGCACAUAGCUAGGCCUACCCACCAUAUAUGUAAUAAUUCUCCCUUAAUGUAAUAACAUAUAGAUCAGAUGGAGAGCUAUGAACAAUCCGAUAGAAGCUCUGAUCUCUAUAAAGU